GUGUUGCAUCGUCAGUACAGCAUUUGAUUUAGUUUAAUAAACAACAUCAAUAGCAACACAUAAGUGUAAAAUAUACAGAACUUUCCAUCCUUCUAUCCCCACUAUUCACUAUUUUUUUCACAUAACCAAAUUAAAUCAAAUCGAAUACGCAAAAAAUAAAAUCAACCAAUCACUCAUACGCACCGUUGCACCGACAAAGGAUUACCAUACAUAUACAUACGCUUAUACGACGGUACGAGUGUGUGUGUGUGCGCGUGUACGUGUGCUAAAGGAUUAAAAUUUCAGCGGAAGCAGCAGCAGCAGCAGUCGUGUAAAUAGCGCGUCGAUCGUAAAGUGCGAUAGGUGUACUUGCCGUUUCUCGUCGGUUUCUAUAGAACGUUUCGUGUGUUUGUGUGCUCGUUUUACGCGCUCGUGUGUCGCAAUGAAAGCGUUCAUCUUAUUAUCCUGUGUAGCGUUGGCGGCUGCAAGGCCUGAAGCGGGUUAUGCCUACAAUAGGCCCGGCGGUGGUGGCGGCGCUGGUGGAUUUGGCGGCGGCUCUGGCGGUUUCGGUGGUGGCGGCGGCGGCUUGGGAGGUGGACUUGGUGGCGGACUUGGCGGUGGACUAGGCGGCGGCGGAGGUUUUGGUGGUGGUUCUGGCGGUGGUGGCGGAUUUGGCGGCGGUGGCGGCGGCUUUGGAGGAGGCUCACUUGGCGGCGGUGGUGGAUUUGGUGGAGGUUCCCUUGGCGGAUUCGGAGGCGGCGGUGGCGGCGGUGGUGGCGGCACCACACUUGUGCAGAAACACAUUUACGUGCACGUUCCACCACCAGAGCAGGAAGACGUGCGUCCACGUCCCAACAUUCCCAUCGGACAGGCGCAGAAGCAUUACAAGAUCAUCUUUAUUAAGGCGCCAUCUCCACCCAGUUAUCAGGCACCAGUCAUACCACUCCAACCGCAAAACGAAGAGAAGACACUCGUCUAUGUGUUAGUCAAGAAGCCCGAAGAUCAACAGGAUAUUGUCAUACCAACACCUGCACCCACACAGCCCUCCAAACCCGAAGUGUACUUCAUCAAGUACAAGACCCAGAAGGAAGGCGGCGGCGGCGGCGGUGGUGGUGCCAUCGGUGGUGGCGGACUUGGCGGCGGCGGCGGUGGUGGACUGGGCGGUGGUCUUGGCGGUGGUCUUGGUGGUGGAAUCGGUGGUGGUGGUCUUGGCGGUGGUGGCCUUGGCGGCGGCAUCGGUGGUGGUGAUGGCGGUUACUCUGGUGGCGGCGGUGGUGGUGGUGGUGACAUCUCGGCGCCAUCCUCCAACUACGGACCACCUGGCAAGUCUGGACCCUACUAAACGACGUAGACGUAAGGCGACAGCGUUAAUUGAAAUUGUGCAACAGAAGGAAUGUAACAACAACAAAA